AUGGCAAGCGCUGCUGCGGUCGAGAAGAACUUGGCCAAGCUAGAUGCAGUGAUGCGCAAGACCAAAGUUUUUGUUGCGCCCGUCGACAGACGGAUCCUUCGGAGCAAAGCUGUUGUCAAGGGAAGGUCCUGGCCCAUGCAGCUCCAUGGCCUGCGCCCACCCAGUGAGGCAAGCUCCAGCUCCAGCGGCGCAACUCGCAGUCCCUCCAAGGACACCUCUCCUGUCGUGACAGAGAAGGUUGAGCAAACGUGCUCAACUGCAUCGAGCGAACGCAAGGAGACGCUGACGCUUGAGGACUUUCAAGGAACGUGGGUCGACGCCGAUGGGAACAAUGUGCAUGUUGCCGAGGCCGCUCAAUUUGGAGUGUUCGGACAGCUGGUGGCAACGAUUACGCGUCCUCCGCUGCGCCAGCUCCGCCUGGAGCUCUGGCAGCCAGAGGGCAGCUCCCAGUGGCGCUGUGGCAGUGCCGUGUUGACUGCCCACGCAAAUGAGCAGCUGAUUUGGCGCUUCCCGGGUGGAAAAGUGUCCACUUGGCUACGAAAGGCAGCGUUGGAAGAAGGCGUGGGCGACCAGGGGUUGCUUGCCAUUUGGGAUCCCGAAUACGGUUACGGCCCUUGGGGUCUCUCUAUGCCGACGGUAGACCAGAACGUAUCCUUGAACGACUUCGCAUGGAUGCUGUCCAAUGGCACAACAAACCAGAUGAUGACCUCCAAGCUGCAGAAGGAUGGAACUAUGGUAUUGGUUCCCCUGACGGAAGAAGGCCUCCAAGAAAUGACGCGCUGA